CAACGCCGCCGAUCCAAUCCAUCCUUCUUCCAGCUCUGCUACCGUAGCGUAGAGACGCGUGCGGAGCAGCCUGAGACCUACAGUAGAACUAGAAGUUAGCCUGAGACCAGCGAGUUUUCUCAGCACCUGUCGUCAUCAGAUCAGCUAGCCAUGGACGGCGGUUUCCCAGCACUUCUUGACCCCACCGCGCUCUCACUGGCGCUGCCGGUGACCCAGGGCCCGCAAGGGCUCAAUAAGCUCAGCAAGGACGACUACCUCGCCAUCUGCCUCGCCGCGCUCGCCGGCACGCGAGGAAGCAGCCUCGUCGUCAAGGCCGCCGCUGGGUUCGGGAGGCAAGAGACCGGCGGCAUUAAUAAGCAGUCGUGGUGCCCACCGCAGCCGGCCCCCGCCGCGCACGACGAGGCGCUCCGGCUCCGGUUCCGGUGCGCGGUGUGCGGGAAGGCGUUCCCGUCGUACCAGGCGCUGGGCGGCCACAAGUCCAGCCACCGCAAGCCGCCCACGGCGGAGCAGCAGGCGGUGGUUUCCGCGGCCGACUCCGAGGACGAGACGACGACGUCCUCGGGAGGAGGCCCGCACCGAUGCACGAUCUGCCGGAGGGGAUUCGCCACGGGCCAGGCGCUCGGCGGGCACAAGCGCUGCCACUACUGGGACGGCGCGUCGGCGUCCGUCUCCCUGUCCGCGUCCGGUACGGGGUCGUCGGGCGUCACACUGAGGAACUUUGACCUCAACCUGAUACCCGUGGCGGAGAACGCUGGGAUGAAGAGGUGGGUCGAGGAGGAGGAGGUGCAGAGUCCACUGCCGAUCAAGAAGCGCAGGAUCUUGGAUUAGUUAUUAGCUCUCGGCUCUCGCGCUCCUACCAGCGGUUGAGACCUGUGUGCCCAUAGCCUCGGUUCGUGUAAAAAGGAAGAUUGAUUGUUUCAUCGAUUAUUUGAUUCGUUCUUUACUUCUUUCACACUAAUAAAAUAUUUGAUUGUUGUUUCACGAUUUUUUUAUUAAAAAAUCUCAAAGUUAUAACUCA